AUGGACAAACCUACACCCCGUAUUAACUCGUCAUUGAGAGAUAAGUAUGUCGGAAGAACUGUUCGCAUCACCGGAAAGCUUGUUUCUCUUUCUGGAAAUACCGCAGUCAUAGAAUCUACCGAUAAGGGACAAGUCUUGGUUCAUUUAAACGGAGAAAGUCAAUGGGGUACAGAUUUCGUUGAAGUUAUUGGUCAAGUUGAACAAGAUUUUACUUUGAGAGAAUUCAAAACCACAAAUCUCGGCAACAACUUUAGUUAG